GGAACGCUGGGGCACACGAAGCUGAGCGGCCGUUUUUUUCCACACAAACUGUGCUCCGUGUUUUUUUCCCAAUUGGAACUCGAAGCUGAGCGGUGCGCCGUACUCCGUGGCGUGGCAGCAUUUUGUUAACUGCAUCGCAGCAGCCGUCGAGAGUUGAAUCAUUUUAAAGUGUUUGUGUUUUUAACGUGUACAACCAAUAUUUUAUGCCUUUUGCAUAACAAAAACAAAGCAAAACAAGAAAAAGUCGCAGCAAAGAGAGGCAAACACGCACGCACCCACACACACACACGAGCUGCUCGCCAUACACACUCAUACACCGAUACGCACGGACUACGUCAAUAAGUAAAAACGGUAUGUGGCCAGCAGAGAAAGAUGAUACUCAUAUUGUAAAGGAGUUAAAUGAAGGAUGCUGCUGAUGUCACCGCCGUUGCAGUAGCAACAACAAUACCAACAACAAGAACAGCCAGGAGCCCAAUAACAACAAGAACACAUACACAUGUUGCUGCCACGAAGGGAGCUGCUAGUAAAAUGCUCAGCGCUGCCAAUGCAACUGCAACAGCAGCAGCAGCAGCCGCGAUUGCCACAGUCGCAGCCGAGACUUAUGUCAUAACAGCAACAAACAAACAGCAGCAGCAGCAGCAACAGCAACCGCAACAACAGCAACAAGUCUUUGUUGUUGCCCCAAACAAAAUGGUGAUACCAGCAACAGGAGCAACAAUCGCCGGUAUACCAACAGCAACAACAACAGCAGCCGCCGAGCAGCAACAACAACAACAGCAACAGCCUCCCCAACAACAACAGCAAAAUAUAUUGUUUCAACCACACCUACAAACAACAACAACAGCAGUAACCAGCACACCUCAGCAACAGCAGCAGCAACAUCAGCAACAACAACAACCACCUCAGCCGCGGCAACAUCCCAAGAAGCGAAAAUUUGAUCCAGCAGAGCUGGACAAAACAGAACAACAGCAUCUCCCGCAUCCCCAUCAGCAGCAGCAUCAUCUGCAAAGUCUGCAGAAGCAGCAGAAACCCGCCGAUACUAAUGGCAAUAGCAAUAGCAGCAGCAGCGAUGGGCUGACCAAUGGCAAUGUUGCUGCCGUGCAGCAACAGCAACAUCAGUUGCAUCGCAUGAUCGGUGCAGGCGCCGGUAAUAGCAGCAGCAGCAGCAGCAGCAGCAACAACAGUAGCGAUAUUAAGCAGCAACAACAACGCAUUAUCAUUGCAUCCCCACUGCAACAUGGGAGCAGUGGCAGUGGCAGUACUUACAAGCAACAUGUUGCAGCCAGCAGCAGUAGCAACAAUAGUAGCCAUGCACCAACAAUAAAUCAUCAGCAACGCACACACACGCCCACAACGGCAGUUUACUAUCCACAACAACAACAGCAACAACAACAACGUUUUAGCUUUAAUUCACACAAUCAGCAACAUGUACAGGAGCAACAUCAGCAAUCCUUGCUCGAUCUCAGCGAGUGGAACAACACGCGUGUCCUAGCCAAAAUCCACAAUCACUAUGCCUCCGGCAUUAUACGACAAGUGCAGGAGGCGGCAGCUGAUUCAAUACUCGUGGAAUUCGAUUCCGCCGAUCUGGGGUCACGCCUAUAUCCGGACGUGUUGCAUCAGGGCUGUUGCCAUGUGAUACUCGACGCCAGCCCGCCCAUGGCGGAUAUUACACUGGAUGCUCGAGUUUGUGUGCGCCAGAGGGUUGAAGGACGUGGCGGCGCUGGGAGCUCCGGAAGUUUCGUUUACGUGGAGGGCGUCAUAACUGGCAUCAAUCAUGCCACGAAGCAAUAUACGGUGCAAUUGAUGGGGGAAGAAAUGAACACCUCUAAGGUGGUGUGUCGCGCCGAUCUUCGCCUGCUGCAGCCGCCCUGGUGGGACGAGCUUAACGAGCUAACACCACCGAGUGGAGCAGCAGCUGCCCCAGCUGUCGUAUACAAGCGUAAGGUUUCCGCCGGAGCAUCUGGCGAGGCGAUGGGCAUGCCAAGUGGCAAUAUUGUUUAUCCCAAAACGGCCAGCGGAACACCAUUGACCUUUGUGGCAACACGUUAUGAUGGCAAGUUGCCCACAGCUCCGGCCACGCCAACGAACCAACAACAGCAGCAACAGCACCUCGUGAAACAUGAAGAGUAUUAUCGGACGACGGCCACGUCGCCGUUCCAGACGCGUCCGGCACUCGCUGGCCUGUCUCAUGGAUCAGCGGAUCAGUCAGCGCAGUCGCAUCCCCAGCAGGCUAACGGCCUGCCGGACAUCGUGAUCUCCCCGGGCAGUAACGGACAGCACCUAAAGAUACAACACCAGCAGCAACAAUCGUCACGGGGCUACGACGACUAUGACUCGGACGAUGAGCUGAAACGGGUGGGCAUCGGUAACUCACCGGCUGCCGGCGACCUGGACACGGAGAAGAUGAGCGCCUGCAGCAAGCGGAGCAGCAUGCAGAGUCGCGGCAGUACGUCCAGUUUACUCGACCAGAGGCUCACACCAAGAUCUCAUCCAGCAACCCCAAGAUCUCAGGCCACCACGCCGCACCGCUUCAAGAAGGGAGACAUUGUGGAGUCGGAGUCCGGUGUACGUAAAAAGUAUAACGGUAAACAGUGGCGCCGCCUGUGCAUGCUCUGCACCAAGGAAUCUCAGAGGCGAGGCUACUGUUCGCGACAUCUCAACCAGAAGGGCAACAACAGCGCCCUUCCCUCAUCCACCGGACCAGGUCGACUGCUAAGUGACAGCCGAUCGAGCAGCAAGACACAGAUCGACGAGGACACCUCCCGCGACUCGGAGACAUCGCCCAAUUACAGGGUCAAAGGUCGCUACGAUCAAGAGGAGACUGAUGCUGCCGUCAUGCUGGUGUCGCUGAGCAGCUCCCGGUCCGCCACGCCAUCGUACACAUCGCCCGUGAACCACGCCGGAGCCUCUCCGUUGAAUGCCAUUGCCCACUCGCCGGUGAACGUCUCCACCAGUCACAGGCAGAACUUCUUCACUCCCAUCGCCAAUCAAUCGCAGCAGCAACAACAACAUGUGCCACAACAGCAGCAGCAGCAGCAGCAACAGCAGUCACAACAACAACAACAACAACAACCUGUGGCCAUACCGCUGGAUGGCAAGUGGAAAGCAACGCCCAGUCCAGUGCUCUACAAUCCCAACAACAAUAAUAACAACAAUUUAUGGGAGGCCAGCAGCAGCAACCAAAUGGGAGGCACUGCAGCAUCCAAUGCUGCUGCUGCUACUGCCCAGCAACCACUGCCGCCACAAACGACGCCCGUAUCGCUGGUGAUGCACGCCCCACCGCCGCACCACCAGAUGCCCCAACCUCACCAGCAGCCGCAGCAGCACCAUCUUCACCAUCACCACCAGCCGCCACCGCCACCUGCCGCUCAUCACAGCCAGUCGAGCCUGCCAGCCCCCACAGCCCCGCCCCUGGGCAGCGGCAACACCACCAGCGUCAUUCGCAUCUCCAGCAGCCAGCCGCCCCAGCAGUCCCAUUCCCAUGUGGUGGUGUCCGGCAGCCAAACGUUUCAUCCGGUGAUUGUGGAUGCCACACAGCUGGCAGUGCAGCCGAUGCCGCCCGCCACGGUUUCAUUUCAUCAGCCCAACACGCCGACACCCACCUCAGUGGCUGCCUCGGUGGCGACUCUCAGUGGCCAGGAGAAGGUGAUGCCAAAAAACGGAUACAAUGCGCCUAGCCAUGCCUGGUAUAAGCUGCUCCCACAGAUGCCACCAAUAACAAAGGUGCCACCCAUCGCAUCGGCUAUACCAACCUCAACCGCGGCUGGUAGUUACAACGUGGUCAUGCUGCAACAGCAACAGCAACAGCAGCAGCAGCAACAAGAGCAGCAGCAGCAACAGCAGUCGCCGCCACAGAUGCCGCUCAACCACAAUAACAACCAUCUGAUUGUGCCUGGUCCACUCACUUCGCCCAACAAGCCACUCAACUGCUCCAUGAGCGAUGCCAAAGCGGCAGCUGCAGCAGCGGCGGCCAGUCAGCAGCAGCAGCAGCAGGAGGAGCCGGAUGACCAGCUGGACGACGAUGUGUUCGAGACAACGGCGGCAGGAAGCAACAGCAGCAACAAGAAGCAAACGGCAGCCAUGCGACUGCCAACGUACAACAGCAAUAUCCGGAAGAUUGAGGAGUGCCACGAUGCGAGUGAUGGGGCAGCUGGGGCACCAGUAACCUCGGCUGCCAAGAGGCGGAGCCAAUCGUUGAGUGCUCUGCAACAGCAGCAGCAACAAGCGGCAGCUUCUGGAGCUGGUGGUGCAGCAGCAGCCGCAGCGGCAGCUGGGCAGCCGGCGAACAAGAAGAUCCGACGGCCCAUGAAUGCCUUUAUGAUCUUCUCGAAGAAACACCGCAAGAUGGUGCACAAGAAGCAUCCCAACCAGGACAACCGGACUGUGAGCAAGAUUCUGGGCGAAUGGUGGUACGCUCUGAAGCCGGAGCAGAAGGCCCAGUACCACGAGCUGGCCAGCUCGGUGAAGGAUGCCCACUUUAAGCUGCAUCCGGAGUGGAAGUGGUGCUCGAAGGAUCGUCGGAAGUCCUCCACCUCGACGGCUGCCGCUGGUGGCAAGGGGCAAGGAGCCGCUGGAGCAGGUGACGCCAAGCAGCGCCUCGUAUCGGUUGAUGGCUCCGACUCCCUGGAACAGGACAUGUGCCCCUCGACGCCGGGCGGUAGUGGCAGUGGUGGCGUGGCAUCCGAAAUGCAGGGCGACAUCAUACCGCUGACCAUCGACAACUACAACAGCGCCAGCGAUGACGCGCCCACCACGAUCUCCAUGAAGGGAAACAACGGAAACGAAAAACUGCUUAAGAACGAAAUGCCGUCGGAUGAGGACGAGCAGAUGCUGGUCGUGGAGGACGAGCGCCCGCAGGCGCAGCAACCUCAAGCCAGGAAACUCGAUCUGCACUGCCGCGAGCGGGUGAACGACUCGGACAUGGACGAUGCCCCCUUCGAUUAUCGCAAACAGCAGCCCGACACGGAUCAGCGCCAGCCGGAGGAGCACAGCACAUCCGGUGCCAAUGGCCAGGCCAUGGGCGCACCACUGGCCGGCGGAAGCGAUCGGGAGAUCACCCUCAAGCCGAAGGCCAUCAAGGCCCACUCGGUGCUGGAGAACACCAUGCUGUCAUAUCCCUCGAUGUCCAUCUACAAGAAGUACACUAGUCCCAAGAACCCAAUCGGUGUAACACCAUUCCAACCAACAGGCGGCGCCUUCAAGUCGAUGCCCAUUAGCCCCAAGGGCGGCAGUGGCAAGCCGGAGGACUCUGCCGGUCUGCAGGCACAUAUCAAGCAGGAGGACAUUAAGCAGGAGCCGCCAUCGCCCUACAAGCUGAACGGUGGCUCCGUGUCCGCUGGACCGGGCGGCGUGGUUGGCUCCCAGCCACCAGGUAGCAGCGGGGUGGGUGCCAUCUUCAACUUCAAUGUGCCAACGGCGACGGCUUUGAGUCAGAAGCAGUUCCACUACCCGAUGCAUCAUCCCCACCCGAGUCCGACCGAUCUGAGAGACCAAGAAACCACCAAAGGGACCAAGGAAGCAGAUAGCUCCGUUUUGGAGGAAAGAGAUCACUUGGAGGAGCACUGCGUGAAUGAUGACGAAGAGGAAGAGGAGGAGGAGGAGGAGGAGGACGACGAUGACGAGGACGAUGAACAGUUCAUGCAGGAGCUGGCCAGUGUCAAUGCCAGUGCCGGCUUCGAUGACAUGGCUCAGUAUCCUGUACCAAAGGCAGCGGUGACACCUAAUCCCACCCCGCCGCCAGUGGCCACAGCCACCAUUGUGGCGCCGAUCAAGCGGAAACAGUUCACCAUUGUCCGCUCCCUGACACCGCUGCAGCCGGCCAACUCGCCGCACCAGCAGCUGAAGCAUCUCCACCAGCGACGCGUCGAGACACCGCCGACGGUGAUCACCCGCGUGCCCACGCCCACCAUCAAUCACUUCACCAUCAUACGAACGCAACAGCAUCCAACACAACACUCCCAUCCACACAACACACCGCCGCCAUUGUUUUUCAAACAGAAGGUUCAGAGCUCACCAGUGAUAGCCACCGUUGCCCCAUCAUCCGUCACAGUCUCAUCAUCCAGUCCAGCCACUAACGAAGCCCCUAAUAAAUUUUCCAAUUUUCCCACACAACACCAACAACAACAACAACAACAACAUCAAAAACAACAACCUACAACAAUAACAUGCAAUACGAACAAUAAUGCCACGCCCAUAAUACGAAAACUGCUCACCCUGAAAGAAGGAGGCGGCGGAAGUAAAAUAAACAAAGGAACAGGACGAGCUGCAAUCCUAUACGAUGCCUUAGUUCUGGACACACUGCACGGCCAGGACGAGGAGGUCGAGGAUGAUGAGGACGAUGCGGAGCGGGAGGAAGGCCAGGAGCGCCUGCCGACAAAGAAGGAGCAGGUUGCAAGUGGCCAGCCCGCCACAAUGCUACUCAUCACCGAUGUGAACUCGUACAACCAGCAGCAUGCAGCCGUGACUCCCGUGACAGGAGCAGCCACCCUCAGACCCGUGUCCUUCAUCAGCAUCAACGCUUGCAACAAGAUUACAUUGCCAACCAAUGCCCGCAUCCUGACGGCAGCCACAUCGGCGGCAGGAUCAGUAGCUACAUCUCAAGCCGGAGCCGCCACUCUCACGGUUCUGACCAAGGCGUCGGCCACAAAUCAUAGUAGUACCAAUGCCAACGAACUAACCAUAACACCCACAGCUGCCCCGGCAGUGGGGGCAUCCACCUCCAGUCAUUCUGCUGGAGGGACCAGCAGUGGCAGUGACGCCACUAUUGUUAUGAUCAACCCUAGCACUACACCCUGUUCAUCAUCCAAUUCCAAUUCUUGCUCCGCAGCUGCCCAUCAGGCGUGUGUUCCCUCGUCGCCGGCGGCCAUGGGAUUGGGUCAUCCGGCCAGCAUCGCCACGCCGCCCGCCUCGGCGCCAGCUCAAAUAAUGGGAGGUGGUCCAACGCCCGGACAGAAGGUGUUCUUCGCCAUGAGCAAUCCCUAUCAAUUGCUCCAGCGUUCCCAUCAACCGGGCACACCGAGCCUCGAACAACUGCAGCUGGAUGCCUUCGCCCCGGGCAACUACAUCUUCAAGAACCACAACGGACUUACCCUACCACCGCCGGUCAGUGCCCAGCCCACAAUGCUGUUGCACGGAUAUGCGCCCAGCCAUAGUGCCGAGCCACCGGCCAGCUCGCCGUCCUACAAGUCCAUGCCUUCCACACCGAAAUCGGCCACAUACCUCAUGAGUGCGCCACCGGAACGGGGCAUGGAGGGCGGCAUGGGUGGUGGAGGUUCUGCCGCGGCAGCGUCAGCUAGUGGUGGCGAUGAGAGUGACAUGGAUGCGGAUGGCCAGCAGUUCAUACUGGCUCCGACACCGGCUCAGUUGGGACGAGCUCCGCUUCAGCGGCGCAAGAAUCUAUCGCAAAGCAAGUCGGAGAACAAUGUGUCGUUUUCCGGCAAUCUGGGAGCCAGCAAUGGCCAGCACAUCGGCCGGAAGAUGCACUCGCCCACGGUGAUGGAGACCUCGUCCCCCAUCAUCGGGCAUGUGAACAACAGUAGUCUCAGCUCGGCCCUGCCCACACCCACCUCCUCAACGACCACGCCCAACAGCGACGAGCAACUGCCUCUGACGCCGACCACCAGCUCCGUCACCAGCACCCAAACGCCCAAAUCUCCCAUGAAGGGAACGCCAGGAUCGACAGCUGCGGCCCUUAAGAAGAAGAACGACGAGAUGAACAAUAGUGUUCUCAAACAGGUGGACUUUGAGAAGAAGUACAAGGCCCUGCCCCAAUUCCAGCCGGAGGACUGUCAGUCGCCCAGUGCCAUAGCUGUGCCAUCUUCGCCGCGAGUCUACGGCACCAAUUACCGGAAAAAGAACACUGCUCCGCCACCGGUGCAGAAGCUAAUGAGUGAGGACGAUUCUAUUGACGAGCCAGCUUCAGCACCACCCACCACUACUCAGCGCUUCUUUGGCCCUGAUUUUACCAAUGAGUUAAAGGAACUGGAGAGUUCCGAUCAGACGGGUCGCUCUCCACGCACCCCGAAGACACCACUGCAGAGCGCUCGAUCCGAUGCCAGCGAAAAGGGACAUCGCAAGGUGCUGGAGACCCGUCGCAACCUGGUCAUGAAGCUGUUUGCAGAGUACGGUAACUUCCCGUCUGCCCAGGCUACCAUUGCCUUUCAGAUCAGGCACAUUGAUGUGUUUCCUCGCAAACAAGAUUUGCAGUUGAAGAUCCGGGAAGUACGCCAGAAACUGCUUGGCCAGGCAUCCUGCACACCGCACUCGGCCGGUCCCAACACCCCGUCCGACGCCAACCUGACAGCUCUAAGUAGCGGUGGCCUAAGUGCCCAGGCAACCAAUGCACCACCCACCACAGCAGAUGUUUUUCAAUAUUACUAAACUACAGGUGCGCACCAAUCACACCCACAUGCCGAGCAACAAAAGUCACAUGUUGUGGGAAAAUGAAUGGAUUGUGAUGCCAAGUACAAGUAGAAUGGGGAGGAUCGACUGUGGCAACCAGGACAAGAAAUUAAAUUGUUUGCUGCAAGUGACAAAAUUUACUUAUGGACAGUAAACGACAGCAACAAGAGGGAAGAAUUGCAGCAACGCACACUCACAACAAACAGAAACAACAAGGAGAUGCUGACAAGCUCACACUUAGCUAAAGGUCAUGCAUGAGAUGCAUGUCAACUAGUUUUUAUUAUUAAUUGCAACUUGUAACGCGAAUUAACGCCAGAAAAUAGAAAACAGAUACAGAUAAAUUUUAUAAUUUCAAUAGGCAUAUACAAUAUACAUGAAAUCAAAGUAAUUUGAAAGUAGAUAUGCGAUACUGAUUACGAAUGAAUUUAUUAAAGCGCUUAAUAAAUCAGAAGCAUGAGCAACCACCCACACAUACAAUACAAGUUGAAAUAAGUGAGGAGGAAAUUUUGAAGAAAAAUUGAAACUUUUGAAGCACACAUGAAGUACAUGCAUGAAUGCAUACAUACAUUAUAAUAUACAUUGUAUAAUCCCCGCGUUAAAAAUUAGGUUUUAUUUACAGGCUAAAAUGCAACUAACAAAAGGGAAGAGCUAAGGAAAUAGAGGUUAAGCUUUAACUUAAAUUGCACAUUAAUUUUGAAGUGUAUUAAGCACAAGCAAAUGCAAAGAAUUGUAUAAAAAAAAAAACACAUCAAGAAACUUGAAAUGAACUGUAGUUGUAUUGUAUAUUUAGUCAUACAUUUUUUAAAAGAGAACAAAUCCCCUAAAAAACAAACCCCCAAACUAACACCCCCACCCACUCGCACACACCUAAAAUGCUUUUAAACUGUUUGCCUUCGUUUUGUUCUCCCAGAUUGUGAGAAGACAAGACCCUUUUUAAAUUGUAUGUAAAUUUCUUUUAAUUGGCUUUUUACACUGUUGUCUAAUUGAAUUAUAAUUUAUAUUUAUAUAUUUUUAAAAUUUUAUUAUAUAUUAGCCUGUUUUUAAAUUGUACACACACACACACCGAAAAAUAAACCAUCAAACAAGAAUAUAAUUGAAAA